AGGUGAGCAAAUUACGAAAAGAGGCGUGUUUAGCGAUUUUAGCUCAGCCCAUGACUUCAUUUUAGCAUUUUCAGUGGUCAACAGUAUGAAUUCUGCCGGAGAGGUCUACAAUGAAGCGCUGAACGUUCAGUGCAUUCAAGCUCUCAAGUUUCUGAACAUUUUUGCUUCGAAGGUCCAUAUCCGAAAGGAAGAUGUUAUAGGACUGCUUUUUGAUUUUGGACUCCCCGCUGAUAUUAUUUCUGACGUUGUGGACAAGGUGAUCACUCUUGCCAAAGAAUACCGUGAGAUUUUGGACUCCUUUAUCCAGUCGAUCUCCUCCAUGAGGCUACUCGACUUUAAUUGGUCCCUUCGACUGAUCGUUUGUGACGGCAACUCGCUUCGCCACCAACUCACAGUCAUCCGAAUCAGUUUAAAACUGGAGGAUAAGCAGCAUUCUUCUUCCACAGUGGUAUUUGAGCUUACGCAACCUCAGCUCCAGCGUCUUCUUGAGAUUUUCGACUCGAUCGACAAUACUCUCGGUCUUCUCAAUGUUAAUUUGUAACAGUAACGUCUUGUGCAG